CCGCCCCCCCAAAACGCUUCUUCCGCAAGAGCGUGGAGGUGCUGGAGGAGGAGGAGCGGGGCGAGCGCGGCGGCGACCCCGGCCCGCGGGGCGACCCCCGGCUCGGGGCGGGCGAGGAGGGCGAGGAGGAGGCGGAGAUGAAGGCCGUGGCCACCUCGCCCGGCGGCCGCUUCCUCAAGUUCGACAUCGAGCUGGGGCGCGGCGCCUUCAAGACGGUCUUCAAGGGCUUCGACACCGACACCUGGGUGGAGGUGGCCUGGUGUGAGCUGCAGGACCGCAAGCUGACCAAGGCAGAGCAGCAGCGCUUCAAGGAGGAGGCCGAGAUGCUCAAGGGGCUGCAGCACCCCAACAUCGUCCGCUUCUACGACUCCUGGGAGUCCUCUCUCCGCGGCAAGAAGUGCAUCGUCCUCGUCACCGAGCUCAUGACCUCGGGCACCCUCAAGACGUACCUCAAGAGGUUCAAGGUGAUGAAGCCGAAGGUGCUGCGGAGCUGGUGCCGGCAGAUCCUGAAGGGGCUGCAGUUCCUGCACACGAGGACGCCGCCCAUCAUCCACCGUGACCUCAAGUGCGACAACAUCUUCAUCACCGGCCCCACCGGCUCCGUCAAGAUCGGCGACCUGGGGCUGGCCACGCUCAUGCGCACGUCCUUCGCCAAGAGCGUCAUCGGGACCCCCGAGUUCAUGGCCCCCGAGAUGUACGAGGAGCGCUACGACGAGUCCGUGGACGUCUACGCCUUUGGGAUGUGCAUGCUGGAGAUGGGCACGUCCGAGUACCCGUACUCUGAGUGCCAGAACGCCGCCCAGAUCUACCGCAAAGUCACCAGCGGCAUCAAGCCGGCGAGUUUCCACAAGGUGACGGACCCCGAGGUGAAGGAGAUCAUCGAGGGCUGCAUCCGGCAGAACAAGGCUGAGAGGCUGUCCAUCCGGGACCUGCUGGACCACGCGUUCUUCGCCGAGGACACGGGGCUGCGCGUGGAGCUGGCCGAGGACGACGCGGGGCUGGACCCGGCGCUGGCGCUGCGGCUCUGGGUGGAGGACCCCAAAAAGCUCAAGGGCAAGCACAAGGACAACGAGGCCAUCGAGUUCAGCUUCAACCUGGACGCCGAUGUCCCUGAGGAGGUGGCCUAUGAGAUGGUGAAAUCCGGGUUCUUCCACGAGAGCGACUCCAAGGCUGUGGCCAAAUCCAUCCGGGACCGGCUGGCGCUGGUGAGGAAGACGCGGGAGAAGAAGCAGGCGGAGAGCAGGGGGGGCCCUGAGAGCCGGGGGGGCCCCGAGAGCGAGGACACCGAGGUCGAUCAGCACGUGCGGCAGCAGCUGCUGCGGGAGCAGCCCCCGCCCGGCCCUGGUGACCCAGGGGACCGAGGGGACAGCAGAGGAUGGCACCGGAGGAGCCACCACGGAGCCACCUGGUGGGGGCACAGCCACAGGUGGCACCCGGGGCACCGGGGCCGGGGAUGGCACCGAGAGUGGCAGCAGGGGUGGCACUGCCAGCUGCGGGGGGUGACAACGGCUCCUGGAGUGUCACCAGCGCAAGGGGUGCCACCUCCUACUGGAGUGCCACCAGCCUCGGGGGGCACACCAGCUCUGGGGGUGACACCAGCUCUGGGAGUGCCACCUCCAGCUGGAAUGCCACCAGCUCCAGGGGUGACACCAGCCCAGGGGAUGCCACCUGCUCCAGGAGUGCCACCCCCAGCUGGGGUGCCACCACAGUUGGUCCCCAUGGUGCAGCUGCAGCCAGGCCUUGGAAUUCCACCAACAGCCCCUGGGAUGCCACCAGCCCAGGGGAUGCCACCAGGUCCAGGAAUGCCACCAGGUCCAGGAAUGCCACUGCCAUCUGGGAUGCCACCAGCCCAGGGGAUGCCACCACAGCCAGUCCCCACCAUGCAGCCGCAGCUGGUGCCAGGGAUGUCACCAGCUCCAGGGAUGCCACCAGUGGUGGGGAUGUCACCAGCUCUGGGGGUGCCACCACUGUCCAUCAUGACACCAGUCCUGGGGAUGUCACCGGCCCCAGAGAUGCCACCUCCAUCCAUGAUGCCACCAGCCCAAGGGAUGCCACCUCCAUCUGUGAUGCCAGCAGUCAUGGGGGUGUCACCAGCCCCAGGGGUGCCACCUGCCCAAGGGAUGCUACCACCAUCCAUGAAGCCACCAGCCUCAGAAAUGCCACCACCAUCCAUGGUGCCACCAGCACAAGGAAUGCCACCAGCACAAGGGAUGCCAGCUCCACCCAUGAUGCCACCAGCCCAAGGGAUGCCAACUUCAUCCAUGAUGCCGCCAGCCCCAGCGGUGCCAUCUCCAUCUGUGCUGCCACCAGCCCCAGGGAUGUCACCAGCUCCAGAGAUGCCAGCCCCAUCCAUGAUGCCACCAGCCAUGGGGAUGCCACCAGCCCCAGAGAUGCCACCACCAUCCCCAAUGCCACAACCCCCUACGCUCCCUGGCCCCGAGGACCCCUCGGUGCCCGCCGAGGCCGCGUCCCUGCUGCGUGUCCCCGAUGUCCCCGAAGUCCCCGGGCCACGUGCCCGGCAGCGCCGCGCGUCGUGCCAGCGCCCCGCCCGCUUCCAGCUCACCGUGCUGCAGGUGUCCUCAGCUGGGGACAACACGGUGGAGUGCCAGCUGGAGACCCACGACAGCAAGAUGGUCACCUUCAGGUUUGACGUGGACGGGGAUGCGCCCGAGGACAUUGCCUGCUACAUGGUCGAGGACAACUUUGUCCUGGAGGGGGAGCGGGACAAGUUUGUGGAGGAGCUCAAGGCCAUCGUGGAGCAGGCGCGGGGGCUCCUCGGGACCCCUGCCCCAGACCCCCAGGUGGGACCCCUGGAGCCGCCAGCGGGUGGAGAAGGCCCCCCCCAGUCGUCACCCGUGGGGCGCUGGAGGUUCUGCAUCAACCAAACCAUCCGGAACCGCGAGGCCACCGGCCCCGGGGGACCCCCGCCCGCACGGAGAGCCCUGGGGACAUCCCAGGGGGGUCCCCAAGGACAGGGGACAAACAAGAGCGGAGCGUCGGAGCAGGGUGGUCCGGAGACAGGGGUCCCCAAGGCCCAGGACCUGGAUGUCCCCCAGGGACAGGAGUCAGCUGUCCCCAAAACGGAGGAGCUGGGUGUCCCCCAGGCUUUGGGGACAGCUGUCACUGGUCCCCAGGAGGUGGCUGAACCCACGGCACCAGAGAGGAUCAACCCUGAACCCCAAGAUCUGGGGGUUCCCCAAGGCCCGGGGCUGAGUGUCCCCAGCCCUGGACACUCAGACGUGGCUGUCCCCAAACCUCCAGAGCUCAAUGGCCACCAAGAGCCCCUCAUCCCUGGGGAUGCAGAGCCAGGUGUCCCCCAGGGACAGGGCACAGUCACUGCCCCGUGGGAGCAGGAGGGACCCGGGGAACCGCCCGACCCCCCAGAGCCGGACGUGUCCCAAGAGCCAGGUGACCCCCAAGGACUGGGGACAUUCGUCACUGGACCCCCAGAGCCACCAGGUGACUCCCAAGGAGUGGGGACAUUCGUCACCGGUGCUUGGGGACAGGAGGGACCCCCAGGACCAGAGGCCGUGCCCCCCGCCUGCCCCCCGCCCGGGGGUGCCUCGUUCCCGCUGGGGCUGUGCCCCCGCCUGCGCAGCCCCCGCAAGGGCUGGGGCCGCCGCAUCAAGAGCUGGGCCCGGCGCCUGCGCCCCCCCUCCGGCGGGGGGGACCCCCACACAGAGGAGCCAGAGGAACUCGGGGACCCCCCAAGGCGAGGGCACUGCCAGCCACCCCCUGAGCCCCCCGACCCUGAGGGCGACUGGGGGGGCCCCAGCUCGGGCAGUGAGAGCGGGGGGCUGGGGGGACCCCCGCACCCCCCCGGGGCCCCCCUGCUCCCCCCGGGGUCCCCCGAGACCCCCCUGAGCAGCGAUGGGGACUCGGAGCCCGAGGACGAGGCGCUGCGGGAGCAGCUGCGGCGGCUGCGGGAAAAGCACAUCCAGGAGGUUCUGGAGCUGCGGGCACGGCAGGACCGGGAACUGCGGGAGCUGCACCGGCGGCUCCGAGCCCUCAAAGAGGCCCGGGGGGACCCCCCCGAAAUGGGGAGGGGGCGGCGGGACCCCACUCCAGCGGGCCUCGGGGGGUCCCCGCGGCGGCCUCGGGGGGCCCGGGCACGAGGGCGGGGCCGGGGCGUGGCCCUGACAGAGGCCUCAGCCCCCUCCCCGGGCCCCCCGACCCCUCCGGCCCCCCCAAAAAAGGGGCUCUUCACCGACGACCUGCACCGGCUGGUGGACGAGUGGGUCCAGGACACAGCCAGGGCCCAGGCCACCUCCUCGUGGGUCUCCACCCUGCGCGGCACCCGUGGGACUCCCCGAAAAUGGGGGGAGCUGCCCCCCCCCAAGCCCGCCCUGCGUGGGGGGGGCAGCCCCCUCCCCCCGGGGGCUGAGUGAAGGGGGGUCCCGACACCCUGCCCCCACCAAACCCCCCGAUUUUGGGUCAAAAUCCCAAUUUCCAGCCCCCAAAUCACUUUGUUUCACCCCAAACCCCCCUUUUAUAACCCCCAAUUGGGUGACCCUGAAUUUCCAGCCCGAAAAUGACCUCAUUUCACUCAGAAAUUUCCCUUUGUUUGGGUCCUGUGGUGUAACCCCUGUUUCUGGCCCCAAAAAUGCCUUAUUUUGCCCUAAAAUUCCUUUUUUUUUGCUGCCUGUGUGGGCUGAACCCACUUUUUGGUCUCAAUUCACCCCCAAAAUUCCCUUUGUAUGAUAUUCAACCCCCUCAGUUUCUGGCCCCAAAAGCACCACAUUUUGACCCCAAAUCCCCUCUUUUCGGCCCCAAAAUCUUUCUAUUUUAUCCCAACCCAGCCCUUUUUUGGGUUAUUCCCCCUUUGCAAGAUUACCCCACUUUCUGGUGCCCAAACUCCCCUCAUUUCAUGUCAAAACUCCCCUUUUUUGUGCCCUGCCCACCCCAGUUUUCUGCCCCAAGUCCCUCAUUUUACCCCCAAAUUCCCUUUUUGGGCCAUUCCCCCUCUGCAUGAGGUGACCCCAUUUUUUAGCCCCCAAAUCACCUCAUUUCACCCCAAAAAUCUUUUUUGUGGCCUUUCCGCCCCUCUUUUUCACACCCCGUGAAUGUGAUGCCACUUGUUGGCCCCAAAAUUGCCUUGUUUUACCCCAAAACCCCUUUUUGGGGCCUAUCUCCCCUUUUUUAACCCUCCCACGACAUUACCCCACUUUUUGCUCCCCAAAUUGCAUCAUUUCUCCCCCAGAAAAUCUCUUUUAGGGCCUGCUCUUCUCCCUCAGGAUAUCACCUUAAUUUUCAGCCCCAAAAUCUCCUAAUUUCACACAAAAAUUCCUUUUUUGGGCCUUGCCACUCUUUUUGUCCCCCACACUAAGUGACCCUAAUUUUUAGCCCCCAAACAGCCUCGUUUUGCCCCAAAACACAAACGGUUGAACCCAAACCUCUCAUUUAUCCCAAAAUUCCUUUCCCCCCCCCCCCAAUACACUCCAGAGCCCCCAAAAUUCCCAUUUUUCACCAAAAGCCCCUCACAGGCCUGGAAUUCCCUGUCAUGUGACCACAGUGGAGGAGACCAGGCUGUACUGGUUUUACUGGUGACCCACCCCCCCAUACUGGUCAUACUGGUGCAACAACCCCCUCUCAUUCCUGUACCCUUCCCUCAGCCCAAUUUUUGGGUCAUUUUGUUGUGUUUUCCGCUCAUCUACCUCACCCCUUCACCAAGCCAGCAAGGUUUCGGGGUGAAUUCUCGGGUGUUCUGGUUCGAGAGGGUGGGGAAGGCGUUUGUUUUUCGGGGAAAUUGUUAAAAAGCGCGAGAAAAAAAAAGAAAUCCUAAAAUUUAAGAAAUAAAAGCGUGGCUGGUGAGCGCCACUCCCAAAA